UAUAUAUAUAUUCCGUAUUCAUUCGUAGAUGAUCAGCGAUCAUCCAAUCACGUUAAUUAGCUGAAGAUCAAGAUGUGGUGCGAUCACUGCUUGAACGUCUGCCGACUGAAGCGCGAAAACAGUUUCAUAUGCUGUUCAACUUGCGGGAAGAUUCUUCAUCAGAUUGUUGGCAGAUUCAAAUCAGCAAGGAAAGGUUCAAAAAGAUCACAGAAUACUACAAGCUUCCAAGUGUUUGAUGUUUAUACCCCUCCUCCACUAUAUACCUCAUCGCAGGAUCAGUGCACAAUUGAGUGUGGUUUUGAUGAAGCUUUGCAAAAUCCAAACCCAGUCCGUGAUGAGCAACCAGAAUUAUCAUCCAAGGAUGGGCGCAUAAAUAAAAGCCAAAAUGGUGCACACAAAUGAUACUGAGUUUAGCUAUCAACAUUCAAAGAUGCUGUGUUCUGAUCUGACAGGGCCAUAUUUUUGUUCAUAAUAUUGUGACCUUUAGAUUAAACAGUGCUUUUUUUCUUUUCUUUUUUUCUUUUGGUGCUAAGUUAGAUUUAACCGUUAAUAAUAGUGUGAUAUAACUAUAUUAAUUAAUCCUUUUUACUUCUUAAUUUUUUUUUUGCCAACAUUGUCCAAUUGUGUGCUAUUAAUUAAUUAAUAUAAGAAUAAUGCUUCUUUAUGAUCCGAGAGUUAUGAACUAAAGUUGUGGAAAUCGUUUUUUUAUUUAAAAAAAUAAAUCUUACCUAAUAUAUUUAUAAUAAUAUAAUAAAAAAACUUAUGCACGGAGACAUGCUCUUAAUUUAUCAAUAUA